CCGAACCCAAAGUAUCUAGUCGUGUUGACAUCUGUCAGUUUUUGAAAAGACUUCUUUUGACAAAUGGGUCCCAUCAUGGCUUCCAAACAGCAAGAAUUAGAUGUCUUAGAUAAUUGGGAGGAAAUCGACGAGACUGAUGUACUAGAAAAAAAUUUUAACAAGCUCAUUGCGCCCAGUAAAUCAUUAGAUAGUAAAAGUAAUGGUAGUAUUAACAAAACACCAAUGAAAAUCAUAAUAACCGGAGAUGAUGCCUUAAGAUCUCAGUACGUGCCUCCAGAACCCACUGUGAAAAUACUGAAGCGACCUUCAAAAGAUGCCCAAAAUAACAGUGACUCUAAAGUGUACCAGCCGAAAAAGACACUACAACAAAGGGAACAAGAGUAUGCAGAAGCACGACUUAGAAUAUUAGGUGAAGCUAGUCCAGAGAAGGUUGAAGAAAAAAUAAGUAUACAAAAACCCCGCCAAUCCGACGUAGAAAAUGUGAUACGAUUGCCAAAAGGACCGGACGGCACGAACGGUUUCAACGUUCGCAGAUAGUACAUUAUCGUACCACUUAAUUUUAAGAGAAAAAUUUUGUUCACAUAUCAUUGCUGCAUUCUCAUAGAUAGAAAUUUCCCCUUCAAACCCAUCCAAUUAAAAAAGAAACCCGCGUGCAUUAAAUUCGAAGAGCUGAUCUCCUCAUAUGCAGACCAUCAAUUACCUCAACAGUAGGUACGAAAAGUUUUCUUUUUUUGCACAUCGGUUCAGUCAGUGGCGUUGUUUUUUUGUAUUUGUUGUAAUUUAUUUAUAUAGCGAAUCAUGCGUCUGGAUUGCAUGGUUUCUUUUAAUUUAGUAAUUUCUAUCCAUGACGUUGAUACAGUAAUACAGAGUUAAGUGAUGGAAGAUACCCAGGAAUAGUGAGUUUAUAUAGAAUACCAAUCAAAUAUUGUACGUUUUAAAGUACAAAUUUUAAAAUUGUAUUAUAGGCGCAAUUUUAUAUAUACAUAUACGAAUAUGUAAUUGUAAUAUGUAGGUGUACAAAUUUUAAAUAGGCUUAAGACAAACAUUUGAUAAUGCAACUUUUGUACAUAGGAUUUUUAUAAAUAUUCUUACUUAUUCAUUAUUCCUGGAAUAUACAUCUGUCAAAUGCAGUAAAAAGUGCAAUUAGAAGAGACAGAUGCAAUGAUGUCAAUUAAGAAGUGGUUAUGAUGGAUCUACAUUCCCGGAUUAAAAAAUAUAUAUAAAUAAUUGUUUUAUCAAUUGAUUUUAAACAAAUUUUAUUAACCCAUUAGUCAAACAUCAUAACAAUUUCUUAUAUACUUCAGUUAAUUAACAUCAUUAAAAGACUUUGUGAUAUUUAGAAGUAAUUUACAUCGAAUACAACAUUGUAUAAACAUUUUAUUUAUAGUAUCUUCCCUAUAACUUAUAUUUAGUAUAAGAUUAUUUUAUUUGUAUAUAAUUAGACUAGUAACUUAAUAGCGUUGAUCAAACUAUGUAAAAUAAUGAAGUUUUCAAAUUUACUUUGAUUUGUUAUAUACCUAUAAUUACUCUUUAUUUGUUGUGCAAUUUUAGAAGUAAUAUAUUCGUAU